AUGGAUUCUAUGCGGUCCCUCAACAGUUCCUUGCCUUCAUCGUCAUCAUCGUCACAACCCCCCGAAGUGCUACUUCAAGCUUUCAAAACCGCCGCCCUCUCUGUCACAAACCUCUACAAGAGCGCUGUUGCCGACCAAACACAGUCACGACACCUCGGCUAUCAGGACGCCCUCGAAGACCUUCGAGCCUUUCUAGAUCGAGAAGGAAUUGGCCUCGGCGACGGCGAAGCCAACAAGGUUCGCAGCUGGAUAGCAGAUAGGAUAGAUGGCACAGGGGCCGCUGCAAAUGACAGUGACGAUGAACGAGUGGAUUGCGAGAAGAGAAACCGAAGCACUUCGCCCAACACGGUGCGGAAAGAUACCGCUGACGCUGCUCGCGCAAAUCGACAAUCCAGAUCCGCGUCUCCACCCCGACCUGAACCUACAAUCCAACCCCAGACAUCGUCCACAAACGAAUCCGCCACUUUCGCUCGCCCUCCGCUCUUCACCUUCACUGCCGGUCCACAAUUCCCUGCUCCGCCGCAAGAGGACGUUGAUAUGCGGACGUCUGACGGUUCUGCCCCGACGCAGGCCGAUUCCCAAGUCAGCCCUCCACACAUAACCUCCCCUUCCCUCCGGCUCGAGGUCCUUCCUCGCGGGCCUCGCACCCCUCACCGAAGCAACUCCCGACACAAUGGCCGCUCAUCGACGAGAGAUCCGGCGGCGACCAUUGGAUCGAAACGAAAAUUCCACUUUGGCGACUUCUUCGAUAUUUCAAACAUAGGGAAUGGAAAAGAUGUCUUUGGGGGAGGCAAGCGGGGCCGGUUCAUAUAG